AUGGAAGAUGCUAAUAUUGUCCUGCAUAAUCAAAAUUCAGAAGAUUUUGUUAUUAUAUGGCUUGGUACGAACAAUGUCGAAUCAGAUUUGAAAUCUCGCUUACGUCAUAUUGUUAAUUGUUCAGAAUUAUUCAAUGAUCCAGAUGAAUGUAUUGAUUAUAUAUCAUCAAUUACGAAAGAAAAAGUAUUUUUUAUUAUAUCCGAUUCAUUUGCUAGAAACAUGAUUCCACUAGUAUAUGAACUACCACAAAUCUUUUAUAUAUAUGUAUUCUAUUCUAAAAAUCACAAUGAGAAAGAACAAAACGAUAAUUAUCUCAAAGUUCGAGGCGUAUUUUUUCAAAAGGAUUCUCUUGUUCGGAAACUAUCUGAAGAUGUAAUAGCUUGUUCGAAUUGUCUUACACCAAUAUCUAUGCUGAAUCUUGCCAAUGAAAAACCUAUUCGAGAUCUAUUAAAAGACAAUGUCACAUUUAUGUGGUAUCAAUUAUUAAUUAAAAUUUUACCUCUAAUGUCCAAAAACGAAAUACGAAAUGAUGUUAAAAGCGAGAUGGUUAAAUUCUGUCGUGAGCAAUAUAAUGAAAACCCUAUCGUACAACAAAAAAUUCAUGAGUUUGAUAAAGACUAUUCAUCCGAUAAAGCCAUAGGGUGGUAUAUACAAGAUAGUUUUGUUUAUCGCUUAUUAAAUAAAGCGUUUCGGACAGAAAAUAUAGAUAUUAUAUUUCAGUUUCGAUUUUUUAUUGCUGAUCUUCAUCAACAAUUAUCAAAACUGCAUCCAAGUUUUGUUCAUUCAUUAAGUGGUAAAACUUUUAGAACAUAUCGUGGACAAGGAUUGCUUGUAGAUGAACUAGAAAAGUUAAAGCAUAAUAUUGGUCAACUUAUAUCAAUAAAUAGUUUCUACUCAAUGUCCACGAAUAGAGAAGUUGCUCUGUUAUUUGCUGGUGAUGGUGAAGGACUACCUCAGAUAGAAUCGAUUUUAUUUGAAAUAGCGGUUAACACAAACAUUACAACAACCGCACCGUAUGCCAACAUUGCUAAACAGAGUUUUAUGGAUGGUGAAGAUGAAAUUCUUUUGUCAAUGGGUGCUAUAUUUCGCAUAAGUUCGAUUCAUAAAGAAAGUGGAACAAAUGUAUGGAUUAUGACAUUGUUGUUGGUGGGCAGUAAUGACGAUGAUCCUCUGAAACAGUUGACGAACGAAUUAGGAAAUCAAAUUGGGAAUGAGCCAACAAUAUUAACAUUGGGAAAACUUUUAGCACCCAUGGGUGAACAAGACAAAGCUGGACGAUAUUAUCAGAUGUUAGUAAACAAAAAACCCACCGAUCCUCAUAUCGUUGCAUCAUUGUAUAAUAAUCUUGCAUCCGUGUAUUAUAGCAAAGGGAAUGAUACAUUAGCAUUAGCCACGUAUCAAAAAGUGCUUGAGGUAUCAUCAAAAUAUCGAUGGGCAAAUCAUCCAUCUCUAGCAUCAACAUACAAUAAUAUUGGACUUAUUUAUUUUAGACAAGGUGAUUGUGAAACAACAUUAAAGAACUAUGAGAAAACUUUGUCACUUUUAUCACCAAGCGAUCCUAUCCUUGCAGCUAUGUAUCCGUAUGAUCAUCCUUUGCGGAUGAACACGUACAUGAAUAUUGCUGGUAUACAUGAUAGCAAAGGUGAAUAUGCUAUAGCUCUAAAAUAUUUAAGAAUGACAUUGGAAAGUAGACGUCGAACACUCAAUAAAAAUCACCCUGAACUAGCUGAUACAUACAAUAAUAUUGGUUACAUUAACAAUAAAAUAGGUGAAUAUAGCACAACAUUAUUUAACUAUGAAAAAGCACUUGAAAUUUAG